AUGCGAACGGCAGUUAUUCAAAAGGAAAAAAUAGUUCAGGAAAUUCAAGUUUACAAAAAUACUUUAAUUAGAAGGGCCUUAAUGAAUAAAAAAGAUUUAGAAUUCACCCAACCUAAUGCUUUAAUCUUUUGUCAACAAGAUGAAUAUCAACCACUCAAAAUUUUAGAUAAAUUCGACCAAGAACACUAUGAAGAAAAUAAAAUUAGCGGUGGUUGGUAUGAAGAAAAUUAUGUUUCCGCGCAAACCUUGGUUCAAUGGGCAAAAUUACCGA